GACGGACAAAGGAAAAUAUGUGACCAAAGUGGAAAUGAUGCUAUGGUUGUAGAAGAAGAUGUUAACACAUACCAUCUGGAAACCUUAAGUAACAUUAGAGGUUAUUGCGAAUCACAGGGACCAGAACAAGAGUCGCUUAUUAAAGGUCUAGAUACUUGA